GAUGCUUGCUACGAUACAUAUGCAUCACCGACCAUGAGCUAGCCACUCCUUUCGCCUUUUGUCUGCGUCAAUUCCCUCUCUUCAAAAUGCCAGGUUUCGGUCCUUCCACUUCUUCAUCCUCGUCGUUCCUUACCAUUCCGGCACCAUUGAAACGACUGUUCGACUCCACGCCAUUGAUCGCGUAUGAAGAGAACGAACUCCCGCAGCGUAGUGUGCGCCCCCCGACUAGAACCGAGAGGCAGGACAUUCAUGCCUUCUUUGAUGCUCACGUGAGGGCUGAAGAUAAGAGACGAGGCAAGCAAAAGGAGGAUGCCUUGCACUCCCUCUUCAGCUGGGCAUGCAGAAGCGAUGGGGCCAACCCCAAGGUUGCGAGCUUCAAUCCGAGUUGCUUGCGUUGGCAGACAUACUUGAUAUUCCAAGGCAUCGAGUUUUACGUCGUGCCAGCGAAUAAUCACGCUUCUUUUCCCAGCACUCUCCCCAUACUUACGACACAUCCAGAAGCUGGCCCCCCGCUUGUGCAGCCCGUUGUUAACUCAGAGGGGUUCGCUAAGUGGGUAAGGAAGAGCCAGGCUUUGGGCAACAGAGAGGAAGCGUAUCUGACCCUAGUCGACGGGCCCGUAAGGAGAGCAUGGCAAUAUCAUAUGUACCUCACGCCAAACUUCCGCGCUAUAACAACAAAAUGCUACAUCGACCCUCAAUCCUCUUCCUCAAUCGUACGAUUCUUCUCCUCUCGUAGUCUUCAAGAGGCCGCACGAGAAGAUCUUCUCAAAACUAAACCUAUAAUUGACGAGCGAGCUAUAUAUUUAGAGGCAGAACAGGCCUUCGUAGCCCUCGACACCUACGUCUCCGAGGGCAUCAAGAGUGGGCGGAGCCCAACAAGUCUGCUAGAUGCCGCAAUAUUCUCCUAUGUUUACUUGCUUUUGGAACUGGAUGGCAGUGUCUGGAUGGACACUCGACUGGUUGACAUACUUAAGAAGUUCAAUGGGCUGAGAGAGCACAAAGAAUUGAUACGAAAGAACCACUUCAGGGCUCGACCACCUGCAAUCUGGAGAGAACUCAAUCAGCGUGCUAAAUGAACACUUUCUCUGCGCGAGGACUAGCAUAUUUAUCGUGACAAUAGAGAGGACAGAGUAGUCCAACACGACUGUAAUGAUAUCCAUGACGCGCAUUUUCGGGCCGGAGGCCGUCUCGGCAUAUUUUACAUAGAUUUGUAUAGCAGAUCCGAGAAGCGAGUCAGUUCAAUCGAAAAGCAGUUCACCUUAUUCGAAAA